GGACUAAAGCAGGGAGACAGAGGACACUCAGAAAGACAGAAACAGAACAUAAAUAAUAACUAAGCAGUUGUUGAACGUCCAACUAUUUUACUGGAUAAACUCACAGCUCGCGCUUCCUCCAAAACCUGAAGACAAUCUUCUUCUGGUUCGCCCGUUUUGUUGGUGUGUAACAGGGGAAUCAGCACGCUGGCCAGGCCGUCGGCAAACGGCUGUGUUUGUGAGUGUGUGUCGUUGUGUUUGUGAGAGUGUGUGUGUCGGUGUCGCACCACCAUGCCAAGGUCUUUCCUGGUGAAAAAGGUGAAACUUGAUGAUUUCACCACCGGAGCGGAUUUGGAGAACGUCUACCGGCACAGGAGAAACCUCAGCCUGCGGCUCCAUGACAAAGCUGGUUACAUCAGUGACUACAUCAGCCCUGUCGUGUACGAUGGUGAGAGCGACGGUGGGAUCAAGGUGCCCUCCCCCUCCCCCGACCCCCUCUACGAUGGUAUCCACAGUGAUUACGGGGCCCCUGACUCUGAGUCCCCCGACAGUCCUAGCUCAGAAAUCACUGACGGUUAUAUCAAUGGAGAUGCUGCAGUCAGUGAGGGUUACACAGUCGAUGCCUUCUACAUCACCGAUGGCCGCUCGAGGAGGAAGGCGAUCAGUAGUCCCAGGACCAUCCAGAGGCACACCUGCAACGAGUGCGGCAAAACCUACGCCACGUCUUCCAACCUGAGUAGGCACAAACAGACACACCGCUCGCUGGACAGCAAGAUGGCAAAGAAAUGUCCGACCUGCGGUAAGGUGUACGUGUCCAUGCCCGCCAUGGCCAUGCACCUGCUCACUCACGAUCUCAAGCACAAGUGCGAUGUGUGUGGGAAAGCCUUCAGUCGACCGUGGCUUUUACAGGGCCACAUGCGCUCUCACACGGGUGAGAAGCCGUUUGGAUGCGCCCACUGCGGGAAGGCCUUUGCAGACCGCUCGAACCUGCGCGCUCACAUGCAGACCCACUCGGCCUUCAAGCACUUCAAGUGUAAACGCUGCAACAAGACCUUCGCGCUCAAGAGUUACCUGAACAAGCACUACGAGUCUGCCUGCUUCAAAGGCCCCUUCUCUCCUCUCGGCCCCCUAGAUGCAUGACCCCCUGCAUAGAUAAAACACAAACAAAACUGCAGACAUAAUUUACCAUUAUCCUUACAGACUGAACUGCAGACUCAAACAAUCUAUUUUUGGUCAGAAUAUGACCUUGCUUUCCCUCCUCCCCCUCUUCCACUUCCACUUACCCCCACCUUGCUUUCCCUUGGAGCCUAUUCAUGAUGAUAGCACAAUUUUUCUCCUUGAGAUUUGCCCACUUAAGGAUUUAACUGAUCUACGCAUGCACUUCCUCAAAAACUCUUCACCUCCUCUUCCUCUGUCUGUUUUGGAUGGAGACAAUAAUACUAACACGGCUUCCUUCUGGCAUCUAGAUACAGUAUGGCAUCAUAUACUUUUGGACACUGAUGAUAAUGAGGAUGACGACAAAGACAAUAGUAGGCCUAUAGCUACUGGGUUACUCCCUGCACUGAAACGCAGUCAAGAGUUUUUUUCCUUCCGAUUUUGUUUUUUGGGGGAAUAAUAGUAAUAAUAAUAGUAAUAAUAAUGAUAAUAAUAAUGUUCUGCUGCACCAAGUGACCAUAUUCUCUCCACUACUGAGGUAAAAACUAUUUAUUUAUUUACAUAUUUAUUUAUUUGAACAUUAUUUUCCUUUUUUAUUUGUUGUAUGUUUAUACUUGAUUUGAUAACAAAGUGAUACCGUUAACUUAUUUGUUGCACUUUAAUUUCUGUAUAUGUAUGUAGGAUAUUUGCCAACCUCUUUCUAUCACUACAGGCCAAAGCAUAUGUCACUUUUUUUAAGUACUAUUUUUUCUUAUUAUGUUGUUUACCUUUUUUCUUAUUACCGUUAUUGCAUGCAAAAAAAAAAUAAUGAAAUCUAUGCCAACAUCAUAAAAAGAUUAUGAUUUUUUUGCCAAAUUCCUAUAGAUAGAACAUGAGGGCAAUAUUUUUCUCUUGGAGCCUCCGUAGGACUCUUUAAAAGCAAUAAUCACCUAAUGCAUGGUAUUUUAUGAUGAAGUUAUGAAGUAUUACCUACUACUGUAUAGCAGUUUAAAAAUCAGGUAUGUUUUACUUCACCUAUAGUCAUAAACGGAAAAAAAUACUAAUAUUACAGACAUCAGGGAACAUGCCAAUGUAGUGUUAGAGAAACAAAAAGAAAAGUCCUGUCUUUCCUCUCUUGUUAUGCACUGCCUGCCUCUUAGUGAGUAGAACUAAUGUAGGAUGUAGACUAGAGAGGCUGGGAUCAGCUGCCUGCUGGAUGUGGGCCUAUUGUAGGAUAACUAGAACCCUGACAGAUCUGUGCUAGGCUACCUCUAGCAUGACAUAAGCCUGCUAACGAUAACUUUGGAUUAGACCUCUCAACAUUUUACUCAGAUUGGAUAAUUGGCCAUUUAUGAGACUACUAUGGUUUAUUAAAGGGUCUGGAAUGUUAAAAUGGCACUUAAACGUGUUCUGUGUCAUGCAGCCAAAUAACAAAAGGCCUUUAACAGACCUUUUAAUAACCAUAAGAGACAUAUUUUAAGGUUAAUACAGCAAUCAGAUUGGAGAACUUUAUCUUUCUAAUGAGAUUUGCACCAACCCAAAAUGAUAGGAAGCUUAAAGUACGUAGCAACUCUCAGUACGCCUUCAAUAGAAAACCAAGUCAAAGUUUGGUGCAUUGUUGAAGUUGGACUGAGGUCGACUUGAAAUGCAAUGCAUUAUUCAACUACCCUUCCAGUGCACUUCCAAACCAUAAAGCGUGCAUUCUUAAACCACAGAAAAAGCAUGCACUCUCGCUGGAAGGUCCUAUCGUAGCCUAACUGUUACAGUCUGAUAGAUACAUAAGGCCAUGUCCUGGUUAUUCUGCAGUAGGCCCCAUUUAACCCCCCUGGGCUGAACAUGGGCUAACUCUAUGAGUGCUAUAUCUACAGACAGGCUAACUCUAAUCAACCAUAUCCCAUAGAUGGUUUAACCUUUGAUCUAGGUGGCCAAUACCGGUGUUGCUGAACCCAGUUCUCUGCAGCUCAGAAACCUUUUCUACAGAUUCAUGGAGCUUCCUGAGAGACAGACUGAGGACACAGAUCUGCACAAAACAUAAAAUGCUUGUUUAUAUGCCAUAUUUAUCAGAGUAACUUUGCAUAGACACACAUGCGAGCACAUUGUGCCUGCUGAUGGGCUGUUGUGAGAGACACACAGGGAGAAUUUGUGUCUACAGUCAAUCUCCCAACAAUUGAAAAUAAAUGGGUUUAAUAUUCAGAUGUGAAUCUCUGACAAAGGAAGUUUUGAUAAUUGCAGUGCUUCCUCAGGCAUGAGAUUACUCAAUUAGAGAUGAAGUUGACUGAUAUUCAAUACCAUUUAGGAGUUUUAGGGACAAACGGAGAGUCUGAGAUAAAGUUAUAGGACCUGUAUGACAUCAAAGGCGGUCACAUCAGUUUUAAAGAGUCAACAUUUUGUUAUGAUAGUCUUGUGUCGCAGGAGACGAUACAAUCUUUAAGUCUUUUUCAAACAACUUUCUCAUCGUGAGAAGCUCACAAGUCAGUAAGCAAGCAGUUUGUGUUGUGACUGGAGCAAUCAGUAUGUGAGUCAGCAAAUUACAGGUCUCUUAUCUCUCUCCCUGAUGGUUGAACUAGAUUUGAGCUGCAAUUACUUGAAUUGUAUCAGACAUUUAGUCAUAGAGCUUCAACUUGUUAGGGCUGACAUUUUUUGUCUUUGUCUUUUUAUGAGAUUUUUUAAGCCUUGGCCAAAAUACUCAUAACAACUACACAUACAAGUAGACAAUACACAUUAAACACAAGUACUGCACCAAUACAAUUCCAAAUUAAAAGCCAGUACGGUAUGGUAGUAUGGAGUAUGGUAAAGAGACCAUAUAUGCAAAGAAAACAGCAUUACCUUCAUAUUUCUCAAUACAACUCGGAGACAUCAAUCCCCGCUGGUAGAGAUAUAAAUAAUAUUAUGCUAUUAUUUUAACCACCGACUCUAAACUCUUCUUUUUCAUUUCCAUCUGAAUGAGAACAAACAUGGUUAUAGUAUCUACUGUAGCGACUGAUCACAGUGUAACGGGUACAACGUUGCUACACAAACCACUGAGAGUCUCUCUGGCAGCGAUGUCUCCAGUUGCUGUUUACGAACCACAAAUUGUAUCAUUGUGCAUAAAAACUCUUUGCAACUUUGCACUGCAGUCUAUACGUCUUUGGUAAUAUUUGGUUAAAGUUGUUGUUGGGUGGCUGUUUAGUGGUUUUGAGGCAGAAAAGCUGCGUGUCUGCGUCUGUCUGACUGUGUGUCUGUCUCUGGGUGAGCUCCAGGUCUGUUCUCUCUAAGCACUUCCAUUCUAGUCAUCUCCACCUUAAAGAAAGUAGCACAAUGAAACUAACUAGAAUUCAGGUAGAGAAGAAUUAAAAACCUUGUACUAGCUUGACCUCUCUUCUUUUUUUGUAUGUCCAAGUUAAAGAAUGAUGAUAACCUAAAUAAUCAUUUAUUGCAAAUGGGUUUGUAAAGAAUCCUUUGGAUUGAGACAUUUUUACUGCUGUAUAGCGAUAUCUAACACACCUUAUCUCAGGAGGUUUGGCUCUCUGUUGCAGAGAGGAGAUCUCCUGGGGUUUUUUGAGCCAGAAUUCAGAAAAUGUAAGCACAAUGAACACAAAGCAUUUUGUGGCACUUCAUAAUAAAGAAUAAUC